AAUUUAUAUUUAAAUUAGCUUUUAGCUCUUCAGUUUCUCGCUCCUAGAGUACUUAAUACACAUAAUGCGGAAUUUAUUCAACGAAAAUUAAUUGGCGAUUGCCACACUCGAAUUCACGUUUAAUCUACCAAAGAUAUCGUAUCAUCGUAAUAAGACGCAAUUGUAAAAUUUGGCUACUCCGAGGAAUCGCAAUUGGAUCAAUCUCACCUCAGUUUGUUUAUACUACCACCUAUGGAAGCAGGCGCAAGAACAAUUGCGUGAUGAGCCAAAAUCUGCAUCUAGAAGCUGCGUCCUGCAUCUCUAAUCCAGUGGCGUCAUAACUCGAUAAGAGUAACUGGACCCAAACAAAAGACGUAAAUGGUAUAAACCGCGUAAUAUUGAAAAUUACCUGUGACACGAAUGCUUGUUUGUCACAAUGUAGAGCUUCCUUGAGUGGCCCCUGACGUCAGAGACCGUCAGCACGAAGAUUAGAUAUGAACCGACCUAAAUAUCUCGUUUCGUGGUGGUAGUGAAACGAUAGCGGUUAAGCGAAAUGUCAAAAACAGGACGAGAAAAAUGUGGAAAAUUCCUGAAGAUAUCAAGGAUAGAAGAUUCGUGCGUAGGAUGUGAAUAGUCGGUUUUGCUAUUUCAGGCACAGGCUGUUCUAGGUCAAGAACGCACGAUACGUUGAAGCGAGGAAGAGUUACGUACUCGAACUUCGAACUUUCCGCGUUACGAAUUCAGAUCGCAAUUAUUCGUCCACGUAUUACCAAUAGAUUUCACACUGAUAUCGACACCGAUACCGUAAGAACCAUUCACGAACUGCGCGAUCAUCGAGCCGUGGGGCAAGCGUGUUUAUCGAGAUAUGAAUGAAGACACAGUAUAAGAUAUAAGAGGACUGACGAAUAGCAGUCAGUAUUGCGCUGAAUCUUGAUUUCGGUCGUACGCGAUCUCCAGACUCGAUACGUAUCGUUAGAGGAUCAAGAGUGAUUCAAUCGCGGAGCAAAUAUGCGGAUCUGGGUACUAUUUACUAUUUUGUUGAUUGCCACGGUGCUCGUCUCCGAUGCGUUGGCAAAGAAGCCUGGCAAGGAAGUGGAGUCGAAGAAAGGUCACGAAAGGAAAAAGAAGGAUGUAGCGUAUUCGAAGGAAGGAAAAUGGAAGGAUGGAGAGGGCAAGAACUUACAGCCGAGGAAGAGGAAGAACAGCGCGUUGGAGGAAAAGAACGUGGAGAGCUACUCUGAAAACGUUGCUGAAAAUGAGGAAUCAGGAAAAGGGCACAAGUCGAAGAAUAAGAAACUGAAAGGGAAGGAAAACGCCGACCCUCGAACCAAUUCGAAAUAUGAGUCUAAGAAGAAAACUAAAUAUUCUGGUGAGUCUCAAGAAGUGCACCAGAAAGAUUCCAAGAGGUCGAAAGAUAAGAGAUUGAAAGAUAAAAAAGUAGAAGAACAAAACAAUUUGGAAAAUGAAAAGAAGUCAAAGCAGAAAGUGGAAAGUGAAAAUCUGGACAAGUCCGAGAAGGUGACGAAGGAAGGUAAGAAGAAGAAGGUCCAGAAGAAAGAAAAACAAACGAAGGUGGAGGAAGUAGAGGAAGCACCGUUGGAAGUGGAAGAAGAGGAGACUAAAGCGAAAUCGGUGUCUAAAAAGGACAAGAAGAAAGCUGAGAAGAACAAACGCGAAAAGAACAGGAAGAAACGAGAGAUACAAAAUGACGAAGAACUAGAUACAGAAACUCUGCCAGUUGUAGAAGAAGAUUCGAAGAUAGAAGAAGCGAACGGAAGGGCGAAAAGCUGUUCGGUGGCGGAACUUGGAGAAGCGGAGGACAAUGAAACGAACGAGAAUUGCGUGGAUGACGUUUAAAUAGUUAAAUAUGAACACAUUCGAAAAUAUCAUAUUAUAUUAUUCAUGAUUUAUCGAUAGGAUAUUGAGAAGAUCGUUGAAUUAAUUUCGCACGAGUCAACAAUGCUCGGCGGUAUUGGUUCUAGCCAAUACGAUAUUACAAUGAAUUAUCGACCAAUAACAAUACGAAACGUUGUACGAAAUCUGAUUUAUUUCAUUUCUACCCACAUCGCACAAACAUUACGUUAUUUACAAAUAAUAGUUGUUGGACAAUCGCCUUAAUUCGUUUACCUUUUCAAAGCGCGCUACCAUAAAUAUACUGCAUUGUUAACAUGCGAAAUAUACAUACACUUUGAUAGAAUAAAUAUAUUUAUAAAUCGUU